GAGAAAUCAGGGAUGAGGGUGUGUCACGAUGGUUAGCGUUUAACAGAUUGCCAUGGAAAGACCUUUAUGCCCUGGCGAUGAGUUUAUGCCAUGGGAACUCUUCCUUUUCUGAGAAGAAGAAUGACCGGUCCCCUUCCCUUUGGCCUUGACAUCUUUCUUGGGAUAAGGGACCUGGUCACUUUCAAAGAGAUGGGUGGCUGGAGGAGAGUUCGGUUUUUGGCUCUGUUCAUGGGUAGGGCUACACCGGGCACUUGUGGCCCCAUCCAUUUCAGGGAAGUAAGGAGGAGAAGGAGGCUUGGAGAGAGGAGACCGGUUGGAGUUGAGGACUUGGACAUCAUCGUCAUCAUCCUCAAUGAUGGUGGUCAUCCUGUUGAAGUUCAUGCUACGAGUGAAAGCACUCCUGCCAUCCCAUUGAUGAUGUCGAGCAUGGGGACGACCUUUGCUCCGAUCACCAAUGUAGGAUCGAUUGGCAUGAUCCCAAUCAUGUCAACCCCUACUCCUACGCCGACGACAACAAUGUUCCCAGGCUCGACAACAACGCCAAGUGGAGCAUUCACACCAUACCCGUCAGCUUGGGCUCAGUUUGCUGCUGACCCGGCAAAUGCUCAGGCUCUACAGGGCUAUCAACAAGUGGUGGCUAUGAUGCAACAGGCAGGGGGCUUCGUGCCAUUCGCCUAUCCCGGCAUGACGCCACCAAUUAUGCCACCUCCGGUGUUGACCCCGUCAACAUUUGUCCCUAGGAUGGUCCCUAUACAUCCGGUGAAUCUGACGGGGACCAUGAAUGAAGCAGCACCCUCAAAUGUCCAUGAGGUCGAUGAGGCAGAGCAAGAGUCUGCCAAGCUACGUCUUGGUCCUGAGAUGGGCCGGACUAGCGCAAUGGAAAGACUUGGCGGGAGUCGUCACGCCCAAUCCCAUCGUUCUAGGGAAUCUGAGACGAUUCACCAAGACGAGGAGGAAGCAGAAAGCCAGCCAAGGGCGUCGGCAUAUACCAGGCUCUCAUACGAUGAGGAUGAUCUGGACAAGAUAGGAAGCGUAGCAAGAAAGCUACGUGCCCUGGAAGAAAAGGUGGACGAGAAGGCAGGGACAAAGAAGCACACCCUGGCCAAAUCACCCUUUUCGGCCAGGGUACAUGCACAAAAAUUGAGGCGUAAGGUCAAGCUGGACGUGGAAAAAUUCACUGGAAAGGAGGAUCCAAAUAUCCACCUUGACACCUUCCACAAUGCAGCACAGAUGGCCGGGUGCACUGAUGCUGAGGAGUGUUUGCUCUUCUUCUCAUCCUUGAGAGGGAGACCAGUGGAAUGGUUUAACGGCCUUCCCCAUGGAAAGAUUGGGUCCUUUGAGAAACUUGCUGAAGUUUUCCGCAAGAAGUACCAGGACAACUGCAUCAAGAGAAAGAAGUUUACCUACCUUAACACGGUAGGGCAGAGGGAGAAAGAGACCUUGACUCAAUUCUUAACCCGCUGGAGGGACGAGGUUGACAAGGUAGAAGAGAUGGACGACAAGACGGCCAUGUCUUUGCUAAUGAAUGCCUUCCGGUCGGGUGACCUCUACACCGAGUUCUGUAGGAGGCCACCCUCCUCUUAUCAGGAAGCCUACAAUACGGCAUGGGAAUAUGCCGAGGCAGAAGUGCUAAACAAGAAGAAACGGGAGCUGGAGGAAGGCUACACAAAGCCGAAGUCUGACAAGCUAAAGAAGGACGACCAGGUGGGAGGGUCCAAACUGAAGGCUACGUAUGACGGGUCUGUCCAUCAAAUAAGGGAUGAUAAGAAGGGAGAACAACCCAAGAGGCCUUGGACGGAGAAGUGGUGUACCUACCACCAAUCUGACUCCCACAACACGGCGGAUUGCCGAAAUGUCAAGGCUGUGCUCAAGGAGAUGGCCUUGAGAGGAGAGCUUGGGGAAGGUUACGCGACGGGUAAUAAGGACCCGAAAGCGAACACCUGGACCCGUCAUCAGGGAAAAGACCAGGGAAGGAGAAAAUCCGGGAAGGAUAACAACAAUCCGGAUAAAGAAUUUAUACAGAUGAUUGUCGGCGGCCCGGAAGGCGGGGAUACUGCCUCCCAGCGGAAGAACUGGGCCAGAAGCUUGCACGUGGCGGUGAUUUCCCUGGAGUCACACGGGAAGCAGGCAAGGAGGGAACCUAUCACUUUCACUGAUAGGGAUCUGCCUAGGACGGGGGGAGAUCAUAAUGACCCUUUGGUCAUUACCAUGGACAUCAACGGGGCUGAUGUGGCUAGGGUCCUGGUUGACACAGGAAGCAGUGUCAAUGUCCUAUACUUGGAUGCUUUCAAGAAAUUGAAGCUGGACAGGUCCAUGUUGAGACCGUUGCAAACUCCAUUGUCAGGCUUCACUGGAGCUAGCAUAGAAGCGGAAGGUCAGAUCACCUUACCAGUUACCUUGGGGUCGGGUAACAAAAUAGUAACCAAGCAAAUGAGAUUUGUUGUGGUUGAUAUCAAGUGUGUACAUAACGCCAUUCUUGCUAGACCUGGGAUCAACCAGGUCAGGGCCAUCAUUUCUAUGGCACACUUGUGCAUGAAAUUCUACACUCCCAAUGGGAUCGGGGAGGAAAGGGGUGAUCAAAAGAACGCCCGGUCCUGCUACCUGGAAGCAGUGAAGAAGAUGACCCGCCAGUUCGAACAAAUUAAAUUGGUCUCCCAGCAGGUAGAUAAGGGUGAUGAGAAGGCUAGGAUCGAGCCGGAUGCAAACACGGAGGAGAUCCAGAUUGAUGCCUCCAAUCCUGAAAGGAAGGUCAAAAUUGGGGCUGACCUUCAGGAAGAGCUAAGGACUGAGAUUGUCCAGGUCUUGACCAGAUAUAAAUCAUUAUUUGCCUGGAGUGUUGCUGAUAUGCCCGAGAUUGACCGGUCAGUCAUUUGCCAUCGUCUCUCUGUUCUUGAGGGGUCUAGGCCUGUGAGACAGAAGAAGAGAUUUUUGGCAAGAACAAAUUGGCUAGAGGAGUUGCCACAUAUCAUCUGGGCUUACCGAGUCACUUCGAGAAGGGCCACCGGGGAGACACCAUUCGUCCUUACAUAUGGAUGUGAGGCCAGACUACCGAUUGAAGCUAAAGUAAUGACCUUCCGGGAAAAGAUCUAUGAGGAGAAAGGGAAUGAGGAGGACCAUUUGGCAGAGUUGAACUUGUUGGAGGAAAGGCGGAUGGUUGCUGAGGCUAAAAUGAUAGAGUACCAGCAAGCGGCCAAGACCUACCAUGAUAACAAGGUAGGGCCUCGUUAUUUCCAAGUCGGUGAUGAGGUCUUGAGACGAAGGGAGGCCAGCAAACCGAGUGAUUGUGGAAAGCUUGCGAAGAAAUGGGAAGGCCCAUAUAGGGUCAAGGCAAUAUUAGGCCCUGGGACAUACAAGUUAGAAACAACGGAAGGUCGAGAGUUGGAAAGGUGCUGGAAUUCCCACCACCUUAGAAAAUUCUACCGAUAGACCAAAUUGGCAGGGCAUGUAUCUGUAAUACCCCUUCGAUGAUGAAUAAGAGAUUUCUUCAAUACUUGUGUUGCUGGGUCAGUAAUGCUAAAGUAAUGUCUUGACGUAAGAGGCAAAGUCAAAAAAAAGAAAAACCCUUGAGAUAG